AGUGUUAAAAAAUGACGUUCUUUCGGCAAUAGUCUACGCAUAAAAAUAAAGCUUUUUAAAAAAUUCGAAAAAAUUUGAUAUAUUAUUUACUUUUACUAGAUGUAAAAAUUUCUGUCGCACACUCGAUUGUUAUUAUGCGUGAAAGGAGUAUAACCUAACAAACUUAAAUACGCAUAGUGUAUAAUAGGCGUAUAGUGGGGAUGGUGUUUCUUUAUUGCGUUCAAAAUUUGAGUGAAAUAAAAAUGUAAUUCUACAAAGUGAUUCGUCAAUGGUUUCCAUCGAGUGUUUACGAAGUAAUUGCCAUUGAUUUUAACUUUCAAAUUUCGAUAACAGAUAGCGCUUUGAUCACCGCGAAUUAGUCACGUGAUUACUCGUCAUUCUUAAUCGAAGAAAUAGAAAAUGGCGAUUACGUUUGUAGGAAGAUUAUUAAAUAAUCUUUGUGCAACAUCCAAAUGCAACAUAGGAGUUAUAAACCAAUUCGUUGUACAAACACGUGAUUAUGCUGCCAGGAAAGGUACAAGAGCAAGAAGAGAAGCAAAGAAAGUUAAACGGAAAAUAGAAAAAAUUGAAAAACUUGGAUUCGUAGAACGAAAACUGAAAGAACGCCAAGCCAAAUUAAAUAAGCCAAUACUUAAAAGAAGGGUGGAUGACGAUAAGCACAAAACAAUUCCAACCGAUAAUGUAUGGUUAUUAUGUCGUCAUCGCAAGAAAAUAUAUACCGUAGAAGAAGCCGUAGAAUGUCAUCGUGAAACACAUCAUCCCACUCUAUUAAAUUGUCCUAAUUCUAAAGUCAAUGCAAAAAUUGAAUUGAAUUUGGAGACAGAGAAAAAAGGAAAGUUUAUUGGUGCUUUUACUCGAAUCAUAGAUUAUCCUCAUUGCUUUGGUCAUGGAGAGACCAGAAACAUAAUAGCCUUUUCUUCGAAACAAGAAGUAAUCGAAAAAGCUUUGGAGGCAGGUGCUACCUUGGCUGGGGGAAAAGACCUUAUAAAGUCAAUUAAGGCAGGAGACUUGGCUUUACUCGACUAUCAAUAUUGUUUAGCAGAACCGGAUAUUUUGGCCGAUUUAAUAUUAAUUAGAGGUUUAUUGAAAAAGAAAUUUCCAACAUCCAAAGCAGGUACUUUAAGUCCCGACCUUGAGAAUUUAGUAAAGAAAUUUGUUUUGGGUAUCAAGUAUAAUGCCGUACCCGAAAAAUUGGAAAAAAGUUACGGUCUGAUCGAGUGUCCUAUCGGAACGCUUGAUAUGGAUAGUAAGCAUUUGGAAGAGAAUUUUGCUGCUCUUAUCAAUGACAUUAAUUCCGUCAAAUCUAAAAAACAUACGAAUUUUAUCAUAAGAACGCAGUUACUCAGUCCACCGACAAAGGAAUAUUUUAUAGUAGAUUUUACUCAAUAUCUGCCAAAAGAAAUUCCUAAAAAAGAUCAGACAGUGGAGGAGGGAUUGGUGGAGGACGAAGAAGAAGAAGAAGAAGAAGAAAUCUCGCAUGCUGUCAUACCGUCUCAAUAGUUAUAGAAUAUAAGCGUAAAUUUUCGAAAGAUGAACUUUUGUUAUUAGCCCGUACGAUUGGAAAAAUUCGAAAGGGGAUCUUUGGAAUACUCUAGACGUAUAGUUGUUACUUUCAAUGCGAAUUGAAAAAUAUGGCGUCAUGAAAAAAAAAAGAAGAAAAAGAAAAAGAAAUCGUUCCUACAUGAUUUUCCUUGGAUCCUAUAAAUAUUUUUCACGUUGGUAGAAUAAGAGAAACGAACAGGAAGAUUCAAAAGAAUGGGAAAAUCGGUGAGUGGACGUCAUACUGGAAGCGCGGAAUCGCGAGGGGCGCUGGUGCAUCGAGUAGUAUACGGCGGACGCGCGAAAAUGACGACGGGUUGGCGCGGGAAGGGGAAGAUCGCGCGAGAAACCGGCGGCGAGUCGAAGGAAAAGGGAACGGAGAACGGUGCGCCCGCUGGUGGAGGUGACGGUGAGAGGAGAGAGGGGGAGUCAACUCGGCUACCUGCCGAUCGAGAGAGCUCAGUCGGUGUCCGCCAGGUUGAAAAUCCGCCGCUUCUCCCUGCUCCUUUACUAUCGCACGUGAUACUUUCUAACGCCUUACCAAAUCUUACCGAGAAGUUAGGAAAAAGCAUAUAGUUUGUAGUUAGUUAGUUAAUCAGUUUGCUCGAAAGAUCCAAAAUUGGCGCGCUUAAGAGGAUCGAAGAGGGUGCGGAAGACGAAAGUUUGUACCGGACGAGAUACGUUCUCUCUUAGUGUGUCUCUUUUUUUGUGCGCGUGUAUGUCGUCUGUGUGUGUAUGUGUGUUGUUUGCGCGUUCCUCACGAACGCUAUCGAAAAGGAUAUAAAGCGUUCUAAACGUGCUUUCACGUGGAACGUGAAAUAAUAUUUCUUCGUUUUGUCA